AAGAACAUCCAUCACUCAUUUGUAAAUAUUAUCCAUAUCCAUUUUGGAAAAUAAAUGAUGGGAAAUAUUGCUCUGAUUUUGAACUUCCGAUUGAGAUAUCUUUUUCUUCUCAGACAUCCUCAUGUCUUCCCCAUCUAUUUCUAGACAUAAAUAUGAUGUUUUCUUGAGUUUUAGAGGUGAAGAUACUCGCAAGAACUUCACUGAUCAUCUUUACGAUGCUCUAAAAAGGAAUGGAAUCGUCACUUUCAGGGAUGAGCCAAAGCUGGAGGCCGGCAAAGGGAUUGCACCUGAACUCUUCAAAGCAAUUCAACAAUCAUGGUGCUCGGUAAUUGUUUUUUCUAAAACCUAUGCCUUUUCAAGUUGGUGCUUGGAGGAGCUUGCUGAGAUUGUUAAACAAAAAAACGAGAAGGGUCAUAAAGUAUUUCCAAUUUUUUACGAUGUUAAUCCAUCCGAUUUAAGAAAACAGAAAGAGAAAGUUGAUGAAGCCUUUGCCAAACACGAAGAGAGAUACAGAGAAGAUAAAGAGAAGAUCCAAAGGUGGCGAAAUGCUUUAACUGAAGUAGCUAACACCAAGGGAUGGCAUUUACAUAAUAGGCAUGAAUCAGAAUUUAUUGGAGACAUUGCUAAGAAGAUAUCAGCAAAAUUAUGUCAGAUAUAUUCAGUUGUUCAUGAUGAGUUAGUUGGAAUUAAUCUAUCUUUGGAGGAGUUGUAUUCAAAAAUAGACAUUGGGGAAGACGAUGUCCGCGUUAUAGGAAUUUGCGGAAUGGGUGGCAUCGGUAAGACAACUCUUGCAAGGGUUGUUUACACUCAAAUUUCACCUCAUUUUGAAGGUAAAAGCUUUCUUGCUGAUGUUCGAGAAGUUUCAAACAAAUGGGGACUUGUUUCUUUACAGAAACAACUUCUUUCCCUAAUCUUGCUUGACGAAUGCUUCAAUUUUUUCAAUGUCUAUGAAGGGAAUGCCGUAAUUAGCCACAAAUUGUCUCGUAAAAAGGUUCUUAUUGUUCUUGAUGAUGUUGAUAACAUACAACACUUGAAAUGCUUGGUUGGAAGGCGUGAUUGGUUCGGUUUAGGGAGUAGAAUCAUUGUAACAACAAGAGAUGAGCAUUUGUUGCGAUCUUACCGAGUUGAUGAUGUGUACAAACCUACAACAUUGAAUCUUAAAGAUGCGCUUCGGCUUUUCAAUUUGAAAGCUUUCGAUGAUGAUACAAUACCAACAGAAGAUUUUAUUGAGCUUUCUAAACAUGUUGUACGUUAUGCUGGUGGUCUCCCCUUAGCUCUUGAAGUUUUGGGUUCCUUUUUGUGCGGUAGAGAUGCUUUUCAAUGGAGAAGUGCAAUUGAAAGACUUAAACUAGAUUCUAAUAAAGAAAUUAUCAACAGACUUCAAAUAAGCUUUGAUGGAUUGGAAGAAAGGGAGAAAAAUAUAUUUCUAGAUAUAGCAUGCUUCUUCAAUGGAGAGGAGAAAAAUCUUGUAAUGAAAGUAUUGGAUGGUUGUAAGUUUUUCCCAGAGAUUGGAAUCGAUGUUCUUAUCAAGAAAUCUCUCAUAAAAGUCAAUGAACACAACACACAUUUGUGGAUGCAUGAUUUAUUGCAAGAAAUGGGAAGAAAAGUUAUCAAAGAAAAAUGUAUUGAUGAACCAGGAAAACGUUGUAGAUUGUGGGAAGAAAGAGACGUUUAUCAUGUCUUAAUGAAAAACACUGUAAGCCAUUCAACAAAGUUUAUAUACUAUUUUUUUAUUCAACCUCUAACCAAUAUAAUGUAUAAACUUAAGGUUUAUUCUAAUUCAUCUAUAGCUACCAACGUGAUUGAAGGCAUGAUUAUUGACAAUAAAAGGGAAUCAAGCAAGACAUUUAAUUUGAACGAUGAUACCUUCUCAAAGAUGAAAAAGUUGAGAUUGCUCAAAGUCCUUUGCCCCACAAAUUGUGAUGAUCUCAAAUAUCUUUCCAAUGAGCUACGACUUUUAAAUUGGAUAAGAUAUCCUUUAAGAUCCUUGCCUUUAAGCUUCCAACCGGACCAUCUUGUUGCACUUCUCUCACCAUUCAGUUGCAUUGAACAAUUAUGGAAUGGAAAUAGACCCAUGUAUAAGUUGAAAGUGAUCAACCUUCAAGGGUCCCUAAACCUAAUCAAGACACCAGACUUCACAAUGGCCCCAGAUCUUGAAAUUCUGGUUUUGGAAGGUUGUACAAGAAUUGUAAAAGUUCAUCCAUCCUUGGGAGUUCUUAAGAGGCUUAAACUUUUAAAUUUAAGAGGGUGCAAAAGUCCUAGGAGUCUUCCAACCAAAAUUGGAAUGGAAUCUCUCGAAACGUUAAUUCUUUUGGGCUGCUCAAAUCUUGUAAGGUUUCCGGAGAUGGAAGGGAAAAUGGAAUGUCUAAAAACUCUUAAUCUUUCUGGUUGUUGUAAAGUUGAAAUUUUUCCAGAGAAUUUGAAGCAAGUAGAAUAUUUGGAAGAGCUGGACUUAAGUGAAACAAGCAUAAGAGAACCACCAUCCUUCAUUUUUCAAUUGAAAAAUCUUAAAGUUCUGUCUUUCAAUGGAUGCAAGGGACCAUCUAAGUUACAACAAAAUCUUCCUUCUCCUUUCAAGGAAACCGAAAUAGGAAGGACAAGUUCUAUGCCUCUGGCGUUGCCUUCGUUGUCAAGUUUGAGUUCAUUAAGAGAGUUGAAGCUAAGGUACUGCAAUCUUCGUGAAGGAGAUAUUCCUAGUGAUAUUUUUUGCCUAUCCUCCUUGACAGAUCUUGAUCUUAGUGGUAACAAUUUCAUCAGCAUACCUGCGUCUCUUACUCGACUUCCCAAGCUUAAACUUCUUAUGUUAACAAAUUGCAAAGAGCUUAAAUCGUUGCCUGAGCUUCUAACAAGUAUAGCAAGAGUCUGCAUAGAUGGUUGUGCUUCACUCGAAGUAGUUGCAAGUCCAUCAAAAGUAAGCAAUUUAUUCGAUUUAGCUUCCAUUAAAGCCAUUAACUGCUACAGAUUGGCUGAAAACAUCAAGACGUUAACAUUGUUGAAAAAACAUCUCAAGGCAUUUGCAAAUUCAAGACAAAUGUUUGAUGUUAUCAUACCUGGAAGUGAAAUCCCAGAAUGGUUUAGCCAACAUAGAGGUGGCUCUACAAUUAGGAUACCUCUACCACUCAAUAUUCAGAAUGAUAGUCAAUGGAUUGGAGUAGCUUCCUGUUGCAUUUUUGUCAAUGAUGAUGCUUCCCGGGAUAAGUUUAUCAACUGCAGAGCUGUUAUCCAUUGUAGAAAUUCUGGACAAGCCGGUCGAAAUGAAUCUGUCUUUCGAGAUACAGAUCUUCGAUGCGUCGAUGCAGGUAGUUGGUUGUUUGGGAAACGUUUUAACCAGCCCAUAACGAAGGAUCACCUAUUUUUCGAUAUUGGUCGCGUGAUAAAUUAUAUCCAUUUUCCUUAGAGGAUAAAUGUGGUGAAUGUGAAAUUAAUAAUUUAUGGACAAUAGAUUGCUUAGAUCAGGAAUGCGAUGAGCUUGAAUUGUCUUUCACAGACCCGGAUGUUCCCUGUGUUAAGGUGAAGAAGUGUGGUGUUAGAAUGGUGUAUGAGAAAGAUUUGGAAGACAUAAAAGAGCUGCAUAGCCAUGCCACUCACUGUUCUCCAAAUCUUGAAGAUGUCCAUCAACACUCUGCUGAUAACGAUGGAUCAAUAGAUUCAAUAGGUAGCACUUCCCUUGUAAAACAAAA